AGAGGAAGUUUUAUAGCGGCCAAUCUUAUUGAAUACAAUUUUGUUUUAUGUUUGCUCAUGAUCUCUCAGACUGCUGAUAUGUGAUCAGCUGUUCUUGUGGCUGUACAUCCGCGGAGCUUCGGUAGACACGUCAGAGGCUCGUAUUUGUGAACUCGACGAGUGCACAGCAAUCGUAUUGCGCAUCAUUUGCGGCGGCUAGAGAGGUCACGAGGGUGUAUUGCAUCUGCCGUGUGCCUGUGUGUUCGUCCAAUAACAAACCGAAAACGCCGCGAGCCGUAAGGUCAAUAAAAUGUGAUGUGAUUUAUUUUAUAGUCCGUUUGUCGCAGCAGCUGUUUUACGGCUCCGUCACGGACGGCGUGCCCUCUCAAGAUAGACGCGCUGACUUGAUAAGCUCAGCUUUGAGCUGAGCUUCUAGCUAGUUCAACCCUUGCUUCUUCAAGGUCUUACGAAAACUAGGUCGCUUGACGAUCGUCAAAUUAUUGAAGCACCUAUAGCAAUAUCCUAUUAAUUACAUCAAAUCAAAGAGAUGGCUGCCAUAGCGGAAUUGUCUAAGUUCUUUCACAAGGAAAAGACAUUCAAGCCGAAGAAGAAGUUUGUGCCUGGAACACUGAAGCAUUCGCUGCACAAGCAGGCACAGGCAUCGCUAAACUCCGGCCUGAAUCUCCGCGAAGCAGUUCGUUUGCCAGCAGGUGAUUCAUACCACGACUGGCUGGCAGUUCAUGUAGUUGACUUUUUUAACCGAAUCAACCUCAUUUAUGGGACAGUGACAGAUUUCUGUACGGAAACCAGUUGUCCGACCAUGAGUGGAGGUGCACGGUUCGAGUAUCUGUGGUGCGAUAAGGAUCGCUACAAGAAGCCACAGGCUUUACCAGCACGUCAGUAUAUCUCCCUGCUAAUGGACUGGAUUGAAUCGCAGAUUAACAACGAGGAGCUGUUUCCGACUUCGGCGGACACCCCAUUUCCAAAGAGCUUCGAGAAGACGUGCAAGAAAAUCCUAACUCGACUGUUUCGCGUGUUUGUUCAUGUUUAUAUUCACCAUUUUGACAAGAUCGUCGCCAUUGGCGCCGAGGCACAUGUCAACACGUGCUACAAACAUUUCUACUACUUCACCGAUGAAUUCCAUCUGAUCAGCGAAAAAGAGCUUGAACCGCUUCGAGAAAUGACCGAAAAGAUCUGUCACUCGUAGUAAUUCAAAUUAGGUGGUCGGCAGCUGAGCUAUGAAAGAUAAAGCUAAAGCUAGACAAAUAUCCAUCAAAAAAGAGACUUGUAAAUCAAAGACAAUAGGGUGAAGGACAGAAAAACCUAGCUGGAGUGAUCGCUAAUUUAUGAAUGUAAGUGUGUGUAUGUGUGUUUGUGCGUGUCUGUACGGCUUUAUAAGUGUUCCAGUUCGUUCCUGGGUGUGUUUAAGUCUGUGGACAUGAGGCCUUGAGGUAUCGUAGCAGAUUCUGAGGUAACGUCAUAAUUAAGCUGAGCGAUAACAAGGAGGAUAAGAAGUAAACUUGAUGCUAUCUUGAAGACGGGUGAUUCGAGGCCGAAAGAGGUAGAGACGAACGAAUAGCAUACGUGUUCAUAAUGUGUGCGAUACAAGUGUAGGCAGUACCAGAGUUUUUAUGUGUUCGACACUGCGUUUUGUGAUCCAGCUAGAUCUCUUUAGGUUGGACUUUGCUGACUGUAUGAUUACUCUAGGCUUGGCACACCCAGCAAGCGAUAUUCGCUUGAGCCGGGGUGUGAAAAAAAUAAGUGCAAAAUUCUACUAAUGUAUAAAUAAUGAUACCUUUGCUUCUUAAGUAUUUGGCCAUAGUUAGCUUUUUUUGUAAUAUUGAACGCUUAGUGAGCUUACAAGCCACUAUUUCUGACUGUCAGCUCAGUCGACUAUUAUUCUUGUUCAAAUCUUCGUACAUUUUUAGAUGCCUACGGCAAAACAAUGCCGUUUAGUACUUGCUUUUACUUUGUUCUGUUUUAUUAUUUUAUCACUUAUUUGAGAACAGACAAACGCAGUAUCAACUAUUGGUGGUAUUGCUAGGCAAUACAUAUAUGUAUAUGAAGUUCGUUAGAUAUACAGAAAGGCUGGUCUAGCUUAUGUUGAUGUUACCAGGUCAAUUCCUUGUUCGCCAUCGCACAUGAUGUUACUACGACUAUAAAAUUUCUUUGACAAUCGCAUUUGUGUAGUAUGCAUAUCCUUACUACAUAACAUGUAGUAAAGCAGCAAAAUUAUUCGAGCCAGAACAACAAUUAAAUAUAUCUAUUCAAAUGGGUGGCCAUAAUUAUGAGCAGUGAAAAGCAUAGAUGUCCGAAAAAUUAAGUGCUGAAGCUCGUUUGCUGGGUACGUUCGAGCUGCUUUGUGGUUAAGUGAUGCUGCACAAUUUAUUCAAAAGCAAAAAUCUUAUUUGGAUUGAUUCGAUAGCCGAUCUUCAGACUGCUUCAGUACUUAAUUGCGAUCUAGUUUAAGAAUUACAGCACAUGCAGAUCAACUGUGCGUAUCUUGAGGGAGAUAGAACGAAAGGGCGAGGGAAUGUCGUAUAACUCAAUUGCAUACCGGUGUACAGUAUUGUGCUUGGUCAAGCUCAGUAAAAUUACCCCUUUCUUGCCUCGUUACUAAUUUCACAGAAAAAUAAUAAUCGAAUGGCAAAAUCUGGUGAUACUAGCGGAUACCUGAAACAGCGUGUGAGAUCGGGUCAUUUCAUUGCUGACAAGCAAUGGAGAACCGCCUAAAUGCUCUGAAAAGAAUAAUGUAUUAUUUUAUCUAAAUAAUCAACAGUUUAAUAAGGAAACCUUGCGGCAAGAACUCAAGGUUUUUAAGACAUUGCGGGUAGAGCGAUAUGUAAUAAAUAAAAAAAUACAUAUAAUAUUUGAGUUACUAGAAAUCAAAUAAUCUUUGUGCGGUGGUACGAUAUCAGUCGGAACGAGUUGCACACAUUCACGCGACAUGUAAACGAGUUCUAGCAAAUACAAUUACACAUUACCCAUUACCCAAGUGAUAAUAUUCAAUUAACAUUGCUCGAUAAUUUUUUUUUCAUUUAGUCACACAUAGUGUGAUAUAUACCUACAGGGAGAUGCCGGUAUCUGCACCAGCAAAAAGAUAACCACCAACUGUGCGAAGGAGAUCCACUAAAUAUGAUUUAAUUAAAAAAAAACUCUCUAAACAUAAAGGAUGGUAAUGUAUUCAAGCAAGAUUACCUAUGUUUGUAACUGCUCUAUGAGCAGUUGUGCUUUGCAAGGUGAGACAAGGUAUCCCGAAUUUCGAAAUGCGGCAGCAUUUCAUGCAGUUAUCUAUUUAAUGUGUGGCUUUAUAUGUUUUUAGUGUGAUUAAAUACUUUUGGGCAAUGCUAGCUUUAGCUAUUUGUCCACGAAAAGCCAUUAUUCAGUCUCUACAUUAUUCGAAUGGUCGUACUGUUUUGACUUGAUUGUUGCCGUAUUUAUUACUCCGUCUGGUCUCACUAGGUUUUGCAAGGAGCCCGAAUGCGUAAAUUGUAUGCAUUCUCGCGUGAAACGAUAUUCAUAAUUUCGUUCACUGUUUAGUGAUACGUAGUACAUAGAAUGCUAGUUGAUGUUUUCUAGCAUCAACAAAGUGUAGAUGGUUACCAACUUGAAGUAUUUAUUUGUCGCCAAUUUAGUAUAUCCCUGCACUUUUCAGCUGACGAACCCGUAAAUGAAGGCUGCAGGAAAACGAACCUGUUGUAUAUCUAGCCGAAAACGUUAGGUAGAGUUUAGCUUGAGAUCACAUAUUUAUCAAUGAUAACGUAAUUUGCUCGCCCAUCUAGUACCGAUGUGGUGACCAAAUCCAGCACGUAUCAUUCCUAUUUAAGGAAAAAAUGACGCACCGUUUAGGGGACCGGCGAGGUCUAUCAGAUCGUAAGCAUGGUAUAUCAUAGCCAAUAAUCAGCCGAAAGACAGAAGAAGCAGGUAUCAGUUCAGUGUUGAUUUACAAGGGUCAAGGCCACCCUGCUCAGCUUGUGUUUUUUCUGCCAAGGCUGUCACUCGAGGGGAAAAUUGCUGGGCAUUGAAAAAAGAGAUAUAUCAAUAAAACAGUCCUGAUAAAAAAAAACUACAAGCUGUUGUCUUCGUUGUAGUAUAAGUAGGUGCAUGUACGUACUUUGUACGAACGGCUGCAUAAAUGCUUUAUUCUCGGCAGUUCGUAUUAGCUAAUCAGAAAGUAAUUUGGCUGUAUUUGAAUUUUAUUAUCGGUACAUUUUAUAUACCCAUUUCGCU